AUGCCAGCUGAGAAGGGGGAAAACAAAGCAAGGCCGUCAGGCGAAGCAGAAUGCGCGAAGGAGGAGGAGGCCUCGACCGCCCCCGUCCCUGAGAAGGUCUCUGUAGGAGGAUCGCCCGUCUACUUCGUCGAGCGCAAGCUCGGGAAAGGAGGUUUCGGACAGGUCUACGUCGGGCGCCGCGCGCAGCCCACGAAGGAGCAGAUCGGCCCGGGCGCCAACUUGCAGGCCCUCAAGUUCGAGCACCGCAGCAGCAAGGGAUGCUCCUUCGGGCACCCGCCGUACGAGUGGUCGGUGUACCAGGCCCUCGGGGGCGUCCACGGCCUCCCCGGCGUGCACUACAAGGGCCGCCAGGGGGACUAUUACAUCAUGGUCAUGGACAUGCUGGGGCCCUCGCUGUGGGACGUCUGGAACUCCCAGGGACAGGCGAUGACCCAGGAGAUGGUGGCGUGCAUCGCGAUCGAGGCGCUGUCGAUCCUGGAGGCGCUCCACGCGAAGGGCUACGUGCACGGCGACGUCAAGCCGGAGAACUUCCUGCUGGGGCUGCCGUCGACCAACUCGGGGCAGCAGCAGAACGAGAAGAAGCUCUACCUCGUGGACCUCGGCCUGGCCACGCGCUGGCGCGACCCGAUCUGCUUCACGCACAUUGAGUACGACCAGCGCCCGGACGUCUUUCGCGGGACGGUGCGGUACGCGUCGGUGCACGCGCACCUGGGCCGGACGGCGUCCCGGCGCGACGACCUGGAGUCGCUCGCGUACACGCUGCUCUUCCUGCUCCGCGGGCGGCUGCCGUGGCAGGGCUACCAGGGCGACAACAAGGGGUACCUGGUGUGCAAGAAGAAGAUGCAGACGAGCCCCGAGCAGCUGUGCCGGUACUGCCCGCCGUGCUUCCGGCAGUUCACGGAGGCGGUGAUCAACCUGAAGUUCGACGAGGAGCCGCGGUACGCGCUGUACCGGAUGUGGUUUUUGAACCUGGUGGGGGUGUUUCCGAACAAGCCCAUCCUGCUCGAGGGGCUGGAGAAGGUCGGGCAGAAGCGGAGCCGCGAGGCGCUGGAGACGGAGGAGGUGGAGGCGUCGAAGCGGAAGAAGGUCCGGCUGGGGCUCCCCGCGCAGCAGUGGAUCACCGUGUACAACGCGCGCAAGCCCAUGAAGCAGCGGUACCACUACAACGUGGCGGCGUCGCGCGUGGGGCAGCACGUGGUCAAGGGCAACGACGACGGGCUCUUCCUGUCGAGCGUGGCGUGCUGCCAGGAGCUCUGGGCGCUCAUCAUGGACGCCGGGACGGGCUUCACGGCGCAGGUGUACAACCUGUCGCCGCAGUUCCUGCCCAAGGAGUGGAUCAUGGAGAAGUGGGAGGAGGGGUACUACAUCACCUCGAUGGCCGGCUCCACCUCGGGGUCGUCGCUCGUGGUCAUGUCGAAGGGCACGCCCUACACGCAGCAGUCGUACAAGGUCUCGGACAGCUUCCCGUUCAAGUGGAUCAACAAGAAGUGGAAGGAGGGCUUCUACGUGACCUGCAUGGCCACCUCGCACACGCGCUGGGCCGUCGUCAUGUCGCGCAACGCCGGCUACGUCGACCAGUGCGUGGAGCUCGACUUCCAGUACCCCUCCGAGGGCAUCCACCGCCGCUGGGACGCCGGCUUCCGCAUCACCGCCGCCGCCGCGACGCUCGACCAGGCCGCGUUCGUGCUCUCCGUGCCCCGCUGGCGCGCCAUGGACGAGACGCAGGAGACGCUGCGCACGUCGGCCUUCCCCAGCGCCCACGUCAAGGAGAAGUGGGCCAAGAACCUGUACAUUGCCGGCGUCGCGUACGGCCGGACCGUCAGCUAA